AUGGCCGACCAUAGAGGCAAGAUUCCUGUUGGGAAGGGAAUUCCAAGCGAAAGUGAGCUUCUAAAGCCUCUGAUAUUCCCUAAUAGUCAACGAGCUUUUAAAAUAUUUAAUUCUGUUUUAGCAGCUGGAAUUACAGUUUACUUUGUGUUUUUUCACAAAUUCCCACAAGAGGAUCAUUGCUUCAUGCCUAUAAGAAACUUUGUAGAGGAACAAAAAGCGAAUUUUUUCCGAGUUCGUCCUGAGGACGAAGACUACAUCAAACAAAAAGCUGCAGAACUUAGACGAGAGGAGGAACUGAAGAAAACCGCUUAGAGUAUUGAUGAAAUAUUUUAUAUCUUUGUAAAUAAUAUUCCACCCUAGCCUUGUAAAAUAAUAUUGAAUAAAAGGCAAUGGAAAAAUACACUUUGAAAUUUCCACAAUGCAGGUCAAAAUGUGAUUGUUUUGAUUUGCAUAACUACAAACUUCAUUAGUCAAACUCCGCGCGUCAUCUUGUGCGCGUUUGGUCCUCUCAGUUUAGAUUGAUGUUGUUGUUGUAAAAGUGGAACUAGUUGUGUCUUUCCUGCGAAGAAAAAAU